GCAAGAUGGUCGUCUUUAUGAGAUACACGAAGAACCAGUUUGAUUACAGCUACCAGUUGACGGUUUCUAUUUGUAUUGGGAAUGUGGUCAAGAAGGUUAAUGUCCCAGAUGACAGGAUUUUGUCUGUCGCUGUGUGGGAUCUGCCGGGGAGGGAAGAGGUCGAUCUAAGGAGAUUACAUUAUAAGGAUAUUGAUGCAGGCAUUGUGGUUGUUGACAGUAGCAACGACACUGAUAGCAUUAACUCGGCUUCAAUGUGGAAACAAGACAUUCUCAGCAACUGUGACACCAGACUCUUUGAGUCCAAUCUCACAAGCACUCAUACUCACUCAUUUAGCAUUCCAACUCUGUUACUAGGCAACAAACUAGACCAAUUGAACUAGAAAGUCUUGUUGUUGGAGAAACUUGUGGAUGAGCAAGGGUUUGCAGGGGAGCGGUCGUGUCUGCAAGGGAUGGAGAUGGCAGUGUUCAUGAUGCAGUCCAAACGUUAAUUAGACAUUUACUGGAGAUGAGAAAGUCUAGACAAGGAAUGAAUAUGCAAAUAGAGAAAAGAGUGAGCAUGAACAGAGUUGUGUUUCGAAGUGAGUUGUAUAAAUGCAAGAAACGACUUUCAGUCAGUCAUGUU